CGAUACGAAAUUCUUUUCUUCCAUCACUAAUAUUAGCGCACGUUGUUUUCUUUUUUAAUUUCGUUGUAUUUUUAUUUACCUAAAUGCAACGAAAGGAGACCAAUCCUUUUCAGAUUCUGGGCCUACGUCCAUGGUUGGUAAAGCAGCUGACCAAGUUGGGCCUGAAAGGGGCAACCCCAAUCCAACAGAAAUGCAUCCCGGCGAUAUUGGCGGGGCAGGAUUGCAUUGGAGCUGCCAAGACGGGCUCGGGCAAGACUUUCGCCUUUGCCCUGCCCAUUCUGGAGCGGCUUAGCGAAGAGCCAGUGAGCCAUUUCGCCCUGGUGCUGACGCCCACACACGAGUUGGCCUACCAAAUAUCCGAGCAGUUCCUGGUAGCUGGGCAAGCGAUGGGUGUGCGCGUGUGUGUCGUCUCUGGCGGAACAGACCAAAUGGUAGAGAGCCAGAAACUUAUGCAGCGGCCGCAUAUCGUGGUGGCCAUGCCAGGCCGUCUCGCGGAUCACCUUACCGGCUGCGACACCUUCUCCUUUGACAAUCUAAAGUAUUUGGUUGUUGACGAAGCUGAUCGCAUGUUGAACGGCGACUUUGACGAGAGCUUAGCUAUUAUCGAGCGUUGUCUGCCCAAGAAAAGGCAAAAUCUCUUUUUUUCCGCAACCAUGAAGGACUUCAUUAAGGAGUCCAGCAUAUUUCCCAUCGCCAGCGAUUGCUUUGAAUGGUCGCAGGACUCAGACGUCGCCACUGUGGACACUCUGGACCAGCGCUAUCUGCUUUGCGCCGACUACGAUCGCGACAUGGUUUUAAUAGAGGCACUGAGAAAGUAUCGCGAGGAAAACGAAAGCGCUAAUGUCAUGAUAUUCACCAACACAAAAAAGUACUGUCAACUUCUCUCGAUGACGCUAAAGAACAUGGACAUCGAUAAUGUUUGCUUGCAUGGUUUCAUGCGACAAAAGGAGCGCGUGGCUGCUCUCAGUCGCUUCAAAUCCAACCAAGUACGUACACUGAUAGCUACGGAUGUGGCCGCCAGAGGUUUGGAUAUACCCAGCGUCGAGCUGGUUAUGAAUCACAUGCUUCCGCGGACACCCAAGGAGUACAUCCAUCGUGUGGGCAGAACAGCGAGAGCGGGUCGCAAAGGCAUGUCCAUCUCCAUAUUCCGCUUUCCACGCGAUCUAGAGCUAUUGGGCGCCAUCGAGGAGGAGAUCAACACCAAACUCACAGAGCAUCCCAUCGAUCAGCGCAUGGUGGAGAGGAUCUUUAUGCAAGUAAAUGUCACGCGCCGUGAAUCUGAGAUGCAAUUAGAUAAUAACGAUUUCGACGAGCGAGCGCAAAAUUAUAGGCGAAAGACGUGGAUUAUGGAGGGCAAGGAUCCAGACCAAAUGGAAGCACUGUAUCGCAAAAAGCAGAAGGAUAAACUAAAGGAAAUACGUCGAAAGCGGAAACUGCAACAGGCAGAGUCGGCAGCCAGCGAAGAGGGUAAAGCUCUCCUACUGGAUGAGCGCUUUAAAUCUGUAGACAAUGGGCGAUUUGAGAAAAAGGGAAAAGGACGAAGUAGAGCUGCCCAAGGAGAUACUUCAUCAAAACCGCUGAAAAGGCUUAAAGGAAUACCAGUUGCCAAAAAGGGCAAAGGAGUUAUGAAAAAGUCAAUGGGGAAGCUAAAGCGUGAUGUUUAAAUAUACUUUUAUGUAAUAACAAA